GCGCAAGACAGAGAGACCCAGAGAAAUUCAGAGAAUCCCACCAAAAAACAAAACAGAAAAAAAAAAAAAAGAAAAAGAAAAAAAAGAAAGAAAGAAAGACACAGAAGAUGAAGAACAACCUCUUCUGAGAUUAAUCUACGGAGGUCCAAGAGCUCUAUUUCUCUCUCUCCCCCCACACGCGCUACCUCGGCUGUGACACCCAUGCGGCGUGGACGGACCGUAGAUCCAGCGACCGCAGGGAAAACAACGUUCGGUCAUGAGGUUAAAUCUAAGGAUGUUAAAUUCAGAGGCGUGCGGAAGAGGCCGUGGGGCCGAUACGCGGCUGAGAUCCGAGAUCCGUGGAAGAAAACCCGGGUCUGGCUCGGCACGUUCGACUCAGCGGAGGACGCGGCCCGGGCUUACGACACCGCGGCGUUGUCGCUGCGGGGGCCCAAGGCGAAGAUCAAUUUCCCGGUGACAGGCGCUCAAAUCGCCGAUUUUCGGGUCAGGGACGAGGGGAGGGUUUCGGGCGUUUCGGCUGGUUCGGGGAGGUUGAACGGUCCGGUUCAGCGACACGCGGCGAGGCCGACGACGAGUAGUAUGAGCAGCACGGUGGAGUCGUUCAGUGGGCCCAGGGUUGCGGUGGUGGCCCCCCCGAGGGUGAAGGUUGCACCAGUGCCGCCCGCGCAUCCGGGCCCGGCCGCGCCCGAUGACUGCCGCAGCGACUGCGACUCCUCGUCUUCGGUCGUGGACGACAACAAUGACAACGACUGCGUGCUCACCUCGUCGUUUCGGAGGAAAUUCCUGCCUUUCGAUCUCAACCUCCCGCCUCCGAUGGACGGCGAUGAUUGCGAUCUUCGUGCCACGGCUCUGUGUCUCUGAAUCAACGGUCACUUUUUCGAUUUCGAUCAACGUUUUUUUUGUUGUACCUUAUUUUCUCGAGAAAAAAAAAAUCGAUAAUUGGGAUUUUGUUCUUUUUUUUUUUCUUUUUUUUUCAAAUUCUAAAAUCCUACCUUGUUAGAUUAUUAUGUAAGAAUAGUUGUAAUUUGGGUUGCUCUGCGAUCUGGGGUUUCUUCAACUUUCCUGGGCUAUGAAUCUUUGUACCUCUGUAUUGUUGAAGAUAAUUAGAUCGUAUCACAAAGCAAUGGAUGCUCUUGAUCUAAUUUUCAUCA